AUGCCUCUCAUCAACGAAUCUCACGACUCACUUCCCUACGUCGACGCGGCGCCCUCAGCCUCCGCGCAAGCACGAGCCCAGCAACUCAUUAACGCAGAGCUCUACCCCGAGCACGCCACAACUCUGCACCCAUGGAUCCCAGAAGCUCCAGAACCAAAGUUCACUGAAUUCAUGCAACAAGAGCUCGCGCGCAAAGCAAAAGGCACACCACUCACAGGCGGAAUCGACCUCUCGCGCUACGAAGCACCCGAAGCCCCAACCCGCGCCUCAGACAACGAAGCGCCCAACCUAGAAGAAUGGCGCAAGACCCUACAGAAAGCAUACGCAUCAAGCUCACACCUCGCCAAGCGCCAUGAGAACCUGGCGCUGCUCGAGGAGCAUGGCAAGAAUGCUUGGUUGAUUGGUAACUCGCAGCUAGAGGAGAUCCUUGGUCAGUUGGAAAAGGAGUUGGCGGAAACGAAGGAGGCUUCUGAGGAAACCAAUAAGCAGAGAAAGAUUGCGCAGGAGGCUAGCCAGGGUGAAUUGGUCAGCCUGGAGGAGACGUGGAAGCGCGGCGUUGGUGCUAUCCUUGAUGUUGAGGUUGCGUCGGAGGGUCUGCGCAUGCAAAUUCUUGAGCAUCGGAGACAGUUUGCACAGCAACAAGCGCGUUAA